AUGGGAGUCCCCUCAGAGAUGCCUAAAAGUCCUAAAAACAAAAUGCCUAGACAAUUAGAAGUUAAUGCCCAGUUCCUUAGAAACGUCUUUAAAUUACAUCGAAUGUUUAGAGACACUAACGUCGCAGAAGUUCGAAUAAUAGCUGAUCAAAUCUCUUUUUAUAACUCACAGAGCGAACCUGUGGACCUUUCCAUCUCAAUGGAUAUCUCUACUAACCCCUUUACAAGAGCCCUAAACUCUUAUUUCGAAGACCUUAGAUGUUCUGGACUUCCAACCCAUCCCCCCGAAGAGGUUCUUGGGAAAUGUUUAGAAGAAAUGGCCUGGGGAGAUCUUGUUCGAGAAAGGUUGCAGGAAAAAUUUACAGAAACUCCUCCAGUUCAGACUAUUCCUAACGUUAAUAAUAACAACAAUCUGGUUAUGCAAGAAACCCUCCAGGCUUUAUUGGCUCUAAUCAACAAUUCUACGACUGAGAAUAACCAAGAGGACCAGGCCUCAUAUAUUGGAAUAUAUGAAGUGCAAAACCAAGAUGACACUGCAGGUUUAGGCGAAACUGAAGAACUUCUAAUUCCGGAUAUCGACGUAGUUAUGGAGGAUA